GCGUCUGCAGCGAACACUCCCAGAGGGGUCCUUCCUCCGCUGUGUGAGCACGUGUCCUGCAGACGCCGCAGCAGAUCACCGUUAACGGCGCCACGAUGAUGGGCAGCAAACCGAGCACGAUCGCUGCGGGGGUCUGCGGCGCGAUCUUCAUCGGGUACUGUAUCUAUUUCGACAGAAAACGACGCAGCGAUCCGAACUUCAGAACCAGACUGCGUGAACGGAGGAAGAAGCAGAGAGCUGCUCAGAAUAAAUCUGGACUCGCUGAAUUGCCAGAUCUUAAAGAUGCGGCAGCCGUGCAGAAGUUUUUCCUGGAUGAGAUUCAGCUGGGCGAGGAGCUGCUGGCGCAGGGAGACUAUGAGAAGGGUGUUGAUCACCUGACCAAUGCCAUCGCCGUCUGCGGCCAGCCACAGCAGCUCCUUCAGGUGCUCCAGCAGACUCUGCCUCCUCACGUCUUCCAGAUGCUGCUCACCAAACUACCAACCAUCAGUCAGCGGAUAGUAAGUUCUCCGAGUCUGGAGGAAGAUGACGUGGAGUGAAGCGUGGCCUGAUCUUCUGGUGUUUCAUUCCUGUGUUUGUUUGCACACUCAUCCUGAUCUCUGCACUCUGUCUGGUCAUAGUUUGCAGUAUCAUAGUUCAUAUUAAAAGCCAUUCCAAACAUGAUUUCUUAUAACAAUCACAGAUCUUUGAAUACAAACGAAAGCAUCAAAGUAAGAGUUGAAUGUUUUUCUGUUUAUAAGGUCAUCAUGUUACAGACACGAACACAAAGCAGUGCUGAUCUAUCUGCAGUUUAAUCAGAUGUUUUGUGCACGAGUCGUUUUGUGUGUGAAAGUGUUUUGGGUACAUUUAUUAAUUUGUAUGCACUGAACUUUAAAAAUCAGUUAUUCGUUAAAUACUUUAAUCAUGAAUGUCUUGUGGCUCACGUUUCUACAUGUGCUUCUGUUUUACUUGAAUCAUAAUUUUCACGAUUGCAGUGCUCUUCCUCUUGGAGGCAGUACAAACACAGAUUAUUACAAACUAUAAACUUUGCUUGAGAUUUAGUUGUCUGAACUGAAGAAUAUUUUACAUUAUAACUCAUCUAUCUUGGUUUAAUAAGCAAAGACAGUUAACGCUAUUGGUCAGCACAGGCAUUCAUAACCUUUUCAAAUUGUGUUUAUUAUGGCAUACUAGAAAAUAUAACAACAAUCAAUACAUUCAAUAUUAUGUGCAUAUGGUAUGCUAUUGUACUCAGACUACUAAUUAGACCAGAUGUGCGGUAUUAAUAAACCAAAAGAUUUGUUGAUUUGA